UCGUUAUCUCGCAACUUAUUGUUUCCUUGCCCUGAAAGAUAGUCCGAGCUGCACAUGCAAUAUAUGUCAGCUUUCCGCCAUUGAAGCAUAGUUUGGUGGCCUUGCAACAACAGGAAAUAGAUUGUAGCUGUAAAAAGCAAAGAGACAGAGAAGAUGGAGUUUGUGGUGGGCGCUUCCGAGGCCACCAUGAAAUCUCUUCUGGGCAAGCUGGGCGGCCUCCUUGCCCAGGAGUACACUCUGAUCCGUGGCGUCCGCAGCGAUGUCCAGUACAUCAGUGAUGAGCUCAGGACUGUGCAGGCCUUCCUUGGUGACAUCGGCUCUGCCCCAGAAGGCCACGACCGGCGGCUCAAGGACUGGAUGAAGCAGAUACGUGACAUGGGAUACGAUAUGGAAGACUGUAUCGACAACUUUGCCCACCGCCUCCCAAGUGACUCACUCAGCGAUGCCACAUGCUCGUUCCUAGUGAUGAGGUUCUAUGAGCUGCGGACGUUCUGGCCUCGACAUCAGAUUGCUUCCAAGAUCUCCGACCUCAAGGUUCGGGCGCAACAGAUUGCUGAACGACGCGUAAGAUAUGGACUGGACAACCCAGCCCCAACCAAAGGCAAUGUCACCAGCUCUGGCACUGGAAGCAUUGGGGAGCACCUGCCGGCCAUCCGUCAGCUCAUCCACACAAAAGAGCCCGUGGGAGCAGUAGAGGACAUGAAGAAGCUCAGGGAGUGGCUAACGAAACACAAUGGCCCGGAAAGGCAUCGAUCUGUUCUGUCCUUAGUCGGAUUUGGUGGUGUUGGAAAGACCACCAUUGCCACAGCAUUGUACCGGGAAUUCAGGAACGAAUUUGACUGCUGGGCAUCAGUCACUAUCUCUCAGAACUAUGAUGAAGAUGAAAUCCUCAGGAAUAUUCUGCAUCAAAUCAAAACCCCAGAUAUUCUGGGCCAAAGCAAGCUGCAAGACAUGGAACAGGAGCAGCAAGGCCGAAAAAGUUCACCGGAAAGGAAGAAAAACAUAGCAGCAGAUAUUGGAAGCGCAAUAAGUCAAUUUGUGCCACUGAUCUGCGGUCUCAGCAAGCAAGUCACUGGCAGCAGCUCAGAUUUCACCAAGAACAAGAUAGAAACGCUGGACCACGACCAACUUAUCCAAGUACUGCAAACACGCCUGACUGAAAAAAGGUAUCUCCUUCUGAUUGAUGACGUAUGGUCCGCAGAAACAUGGGACAAAAUUAGAAUUUGGUUGCCAUAUGACAAUACAAAAGAUAGCCGAGUAAUAGUGACAACAAGAUUUCAAGCUGUUGGUACAGCUUGCUCCGACAGAGAAGGAACUGAUCUUCUGCAUACAGUUAAUGUUCUUAAUCCUGCCGACUCCAGAAGUCUAUUUGAUCAAAGUGUUUCUAAAGCCCAAUGUAGUGAUGGAAGGGAAACAGUUGUUGGCUUGCCCUGCUCCAAUGAUAUGAGCACUGAUACUCACAUUACAGUUGAUAAACAUACUGAUGACUCAAUAAAUCCACUUGAUCAUAGCGUUUUUGAAUUCAAAAACAACAAUGUCAGAGAGAACAAAGAGGUCGUGGGGAAGGUUUGGGAACAUUGUGGGGGUCUGCCUUUGGCCAUAGUCACCAUGGCUGGUCUUGUUUCCUGCAACCCAGAACAAAAUGAUGUGUAUUGGAGUAGAAUUUUCCAGGAUUUUUUUCCAGAGAAGGUGGCUCCUCUUACCUUGGAUGGAGUCACAAGGAUACUGGAUUAUUGCUACAAUAAUCUGCCUCCAGAACUUAGGACCUGCUCGUUGUACUUGAGUAUAUUUCCAAAGGGCAUGACAAUUAGUAGGAAGCGCCUCACCCGGCGGUGGAUAUCCGAAUGCUUUGUGACCGAGAAGCAAGGGCUAACUGCAGAGGAAGUGGCGGAAACAUACUUUAAUCAGCUAAUUAGCAGGAAGAUAAUACGUCCUGUUGAUCACAGCAGCAAUGGAAAGGUCAAAUCGUUCAAAGUUCAUGACAUGAUUCUCGAAUAUAUCGUGUCCAAGUCAAGUGAAGAGAACUUUAUCACUGUUGUUGGUGGCCACUGGCUGAUGCCAGCUCCUACUUACAAAGUUCGUCGACUCUCCAUGCAAAGCAGUGGUUCCAAGCAUGGGAGUUCAACAAAAGGUAUGAAUCUGUCUCAAGUGCGGUCACUGACUGCCUUUGGAAGCAAGAACCAACGACUGCCUUUCCAUUCAUUCAACAAUGGAAUAAUACAAGUGCUAGAUCUUGAGGGUUGGAAAGGUUUGGAACAAAAGCAUCUUAGUGACAUAUGCAGAAUGGUUGUGCUCAAGUAUUUGAGCCUUCGAAGGACAGAGGUGAGAGAGAUUCCAUCACAGAUCGAAAAGCUAGAGUACCUUGAAACUCUUGACAUAAGGGAGACCAAUGUUGCAGCGCUGCCUAAAAGCUUUGGGCGGCUCAAACUGCUCCGUAGCAUGCUUGGGGGGAGUAAAUAUCCACGGAAGACACUCAAGUUGCCUCAAGGGAUAAAUAACGAGCCGAUGAAAGGACUUCGUAUACUGUCAGGGAUUGAGAUCACUGAGGAGUCAGUAGCAGCUGUAGCAAGCCUUCACCAGUUGACAGGGCUAAGAAAGCUUGGCAUUUACAAGCUCAAUAUAGAGGAGGGUAGUAAGACCUUCAAGCAAUUGGUCUCCUCCAUUGAGUACCUCUGCAGUUGCGGUCUGCAGACUCUAGUAAUAAAUGAUGAGCGCUCUGAGUUUAUCAACUCAUUAGACUCCAUGUCUGCUCCUCCAAGGUACCUCAUUGCCUUGGAGCUGUCUGGCAAAAUGGAAAAGCCCCCAAAGUGGAUCGAAAAUCUCAGUAAUCUAUACAAGCUGACACUUUCUGUGACAGUUCUUAGGACUGAUACUUUCCAGCUCAUCCAGAAACUGCCCAAAUUGUUUUGUCUCACCUUUACACUCAGUGCAGCCAGGGAAGAUCAGGACAUAGUGGACAUCCUUGAGGAAAAUAAACAGCUGACAGAUAGGGAGAUCAUUGUUCCACCUGGUGGAUUUGAGAAUCUAAAGCUGCUCCGCUUCUUUGCAACACUAGUACCAAGGAUAAGCUUUGCAGUUAAAGAAAAUAAAAAGGUAAUGCCCGCACUCGAGAGGAUCGAUAUGCGGUUUCUAGCCUUUGAAGGGAUUUAUGGCAUCGAGACUCUUGAAAAGCUCCAAGAGGUUCAUCUCAGCGUUGAUAGUCAAGCAGAUGAUAUAACCAAGUUGCUGGUAGAUGAUCUGAAGGACGCCCACAAGCACAUUGACAAAGAGAGCACUUAUAAGUGCCCAAAAAUUAUCACUGGUUGAUGAGACUGGAAGCACCUACAUGGUCAAAAAAAAAAGACUGGAAGCACCUACAGAACAUCUGGUGUUCUAUUAUUCAGUGGAGAUUCUUUUUUAUCGAAAUUUACAUCGCCUUGUUUGUGGGCUAAAUAAAACAGACUGAUGCAUCCUAUGGUAGUUUUACUUCCAUUUCUGACUUCUUGUAAUUUGUACUCCUAUGGUAUUGCUACAUCCA